AUGCCAGCAACUUCAUUCACUCUCAACAACCAACAAAAGAUCCCAGCUGUCGGUCUCGGUACUUGGCAAUCAGCUCCAGGAGAAGUUGAACACGCCGUCUCCUACGCAAUCAAAGAAGCUGGUUACCGUCACAUCGAUGGUGCCUUCUGCUACGGUAACGAACACGAAGUCGGUAAAGGUGUAAAGGACUCCGGUGUCCCAAGAUCUGAAAUCUUCUUGACUUCCAAGUUGUGGUGUACCUACCACACCAAGGUCGAGGAGGGUUGCAGAGAGACCCUCAGUGAAUUGGGUACUGACUACCUUGACUUAUUCUUGAUCCACUGGCCAGUCGCUAUGAACCCUAACGGCAAUGACAAGCGUUUCCCAACCAAGCCAGAUGGCUCAAGAGACGUCAUCUCAGAUCGCAAGCUUGAAGACACAUGGAAAGACAUGGAGAAGCUCGUUGAGAAGGGAUUGGUCAAGAGCAUCGGUAUUUCUAACUUCAACAUCGAAAAGACCCAACGCAUCCUCAACGUCGCAACCAUCAAGCCAGUCGUCAACCAAUUUGAAUUGCACCCAUGGUCAAACGAGCUCAAAUUGAAGGAAUUCUGUGAAAAGAACGGUAUCCUUCUUCAAGCUUACUCACCUCUUGGCUCAACUGACAGCCCAAUCCUCAAGGACCCAGAGGUUAUCAAGAUGGCUGAGAAGUACAACACAAGCGUCGGUACUCUCUUGAUAUCCUUCCAAGUCUGCAGAAACGUUAUCGUUUUGCCAAAAUCUGUUACCCCUGCUCGUAUCGCCAGCAACAUCAAAUUGAUCGACAUCGCACCAGAAGAUGUUCGUGCGCUCGAAUCAUUUGAGGAGAAGGGCAAGCACUGGAAGUGUGUUCAACCAGACUGGGGUGUACCAAUCUUCUAG